AUGGCUUAUUCGUCACGGCAAUUUUAUCAAAGGAGUGGAAGCGCUGGUAAUCUCGGUGCCAACGCUGCAUAUGGUGGUCAAUUUGAUGCAGCCGGAGCUAUGUUUGCUCAAGCUGACGCAAAUCAGGAUGGUAGCAUAGAUCUUUCUGAAUUCCAGCGUUGGGCAGGUGGGCGAAGAGGAGCGAAUGCUUAUGGCUCGUCUGCCGGAUAUUCAAGUUACCAAGGAGAUGCAUCAGAAUAUGGAUCAGGCUAUGAUGUGAGUGCCGGAGGAAAUUUUGGUGGCUCAUAUGGUUUGGGUUAUGAUCAGUCAUCAGCGGGAUUUGGUGGUGCAUCAUAUGGUUUGGGUUAUGAUCAGUCAUCAGCGGGAUUUGGUGGUGCAUCAUCUUUCGCAUCUUCUGCUUAUGGCUCAUCUACUGGCGGUGUUUUUAAUGAUCCCAAUCCUCACAUAAUACGUCGUGCAGCGGCUAGUGGUCCAGUGACAUAUAGACAAAAUAUUCUAGUUCGAUUUUUACAGCCUCCACCAGUUCCACCACCAGGCCCUCUCAUCAUCAAAGAAGUUAGACCCCCACAACCACCACCACCACCACCUCUUUAUAUUCGUCAACGUCCCCCACCUCCACCAAUACUUCCACCUGUUGUUAUCCGAGAAAAUCCACCACGACCACCACCAGCACUCCCAACACAAGUUGUCACCAGAAUGCUCCCGGCUUUACCACUUCCACCACGUUCUGUUAUCAUUGAACGUCUUCCACCUCUCCCACCAAAACCUCGCGAUAUUGUUGUCGAGCGUUGGUUACCAUAUCGUAUAUCGCAAAAACGUCGUGUUAUCAUACAACGUGCUCCUCCCGUUAGACAACAAAGACAACGAAAUAUUAUCAUUCAUUAUGAAGCACCUCGUGCACAAGUCAUUCGUGAAUUCAAAAAUCUUGGUAUACAACGUGCCGAUCCUCGAGACUAUGUGGCUCGUUAUGGUUCAAGUUUAGAAGACUCAACUCAACUCCUUUCACAUGCAAGACAAGCUGGAGUUGUCGAAGAUAUCUCAACUCCAGCCGGAGCUGCCUACCAUUCAUCAGCCUUUGGAAGUUUUCAAGCAAGUGGUGCGGGAGGUUACAAUUCAGCCUCAGUAGGAGGCUAUGAUCAAUGGGGAGCGGAUUCGGAAUAUGCAGGUGGUUAUGGCGCUCAAAGUAGCUUCGAAAGUGCUAGCGAUUAUGGGGCGUCGAAUUAUGGAUAUGACGGCGGUCUAGCGUCGGGGUCUCAAAGCUGGGCCACGAGCGGAUACGGAUCAGGUGGGUUUGACGUAGCAGCUGCUGCCUUCAGACAAGCUGAUAUCAAUAACGACGGUAGCUUGGAUCAAGAAGAAUUUCGUCAAUUUGCUCAAGGUGGCUAUUGA